GUUCAUCUAUAUACGACUUGGUGUAAUAAAUCGUAAAAAAACCUAUUGAUCGUGAAUGUGUAGCUAAAAGUGAAAAAUGCAAAAGUGUUUAUAAUAUUUCAUUGGAAUAAUUGUAUGUUGUGUUUCUGGUGAGAAUGCCUGUUGAAUACGUUUGCGUGGUUGAAGACGAAGGGGAUGAACCCAUUGAGCUUCCGACUGAAGAAGAUGGAACACUACUUUUGUCGACGCUAACAGCACAGUUCCCUGGUUCUUGUGGAUUGAAGUACAGACAUUCUGAAUCGAAAUUUAUUCGAGGUGUUCGAUUGGUCGACGGAUGCAUGCAUCCGCCUAUGGCAGAUGGAUGGGAUAACGAGACUUACAUUUGUGUCUUUCCUAAAGGAAGGAAGAAUUCAACAGAUGCCCUGCAAAGUUUUUGUAGGAAAAUGCACAGAAGAUCUGACGGCCGAUGAUUUGCAAGAAUAUUUUUCGAGUUUUGGCGAAGUUACUGAUGUUUUUAUCCCUAAACCCUUCAGAGCUUUCAGUUUUGUUACGUUUUUAGACCCUGAUGUGGCACAAAGUCUUUGUGGAGAGGAUCAUAUUAUAAAAGGAGUAUCAGUACACAUAUCAAAUGCAGCGCCAAAAUCGGAUCAAAAUAGGAAUUUUAAUAACGGUCAAAACACUAAUCAAGCCAACAAUCGUGUCGGGACAAAUGAUUCUUAUUACAAUCAGCAAAAUAAUUCGUGGCCAUCCGGACAAAGGAGCAAUAUCGAUAUGCCAAAUUUACAAAACCUCGGUAUCAAUUCUCAAGGACAAAAUAGCAGGACAAUGCCGCCGGCGCAGAACAUGCAAAAUCCCAUGGGAAUGGGGACAAUGAAUGUUAAUGCAUUACCAUUAAAUCCUGCAGUAGUAGCGGCCGCCCUCAAUCAGGCCGGCUGGGGCCUCAUAGGCAACAUGCAGCAGCAGCAGAGCCGACAGGAGCCGAGCGGAUACCCGAGCAGCUCCGUCGGAUCGAACACCAUGACGACGCCGCAGCAGCAGCAGCAGUCGGGGAAUUACAACUGGAUGGCGCAGGCAUCGAACACCGAUCAUAUGAACCAGCAACGUGGUAACCAGACGUGGGCUGGACAAGGCAUACCCACACACAUGUCUCACGACAUAAAAACGAGCGCCUACAAAUAUGAGAACUGAAAAAAAAAAGUUUUGAAAAUGUCGUCGUAUGUUUAUUAAAAAAGAAGGUGCAUGAUUAUGAUGAUGAUGAUAUAAUUGUAUUAUAUUUUUAAUGAUGGAUCAUAUUCUAAACGAAAUGUGAAUAUGUAUUAUAUUCAAGUCCGUGUGUGUAGUCGGUUUGUUAAUUUUCGGUUUGUACAAAAAGGUAAAAAUGCUUGAUGGUUUUGAAUGUAUAAAUAUUAUUAUUAUUUGCUUUACAUUUACAAUUUGUGUCUGAAUAUACAAU